AUGCAACUAUUGUAUAAAGAAGAAUCGGAAACUGCCAAAGAAUUUCUUAACGCGGAUGAAAUCGAUCCACAAGAAUCAACUGAAACGGCAUACCAUCCUCAAGCAAUUUAUACCAGUCGCUUUUUAAGCUUUGAUAAUCUUCCUAAACCAAUUAAUUCCACAGGAGUUCAAAUUGAAGACUCGGAAGGUCAUAUUCAAUUAGCAAACGUCGAUGAUUUAAUUAAAGACGGUGAACCUAAAAAUUCCAUAGUUGAAGAAAAGUAA